AUGCUCCUCCAGCACACCCUCCUAGCCGUUGCAACGCUCCUGGCGUCAGCUCCCCUGCCAAUCCUAGCGCAGGACAAGCCCUCCACCCUAUCCGCCAGCCGCAAACUCACGGCGCAGCAGGUCAUCGACGAGCUCGGCCUAGAGCCCAACAUCGAGAAGGGCUGGUGGACUGAGACCUUCCGCGAUGCUGAGUUAUACGGCAACCGCUCCGUCUCGACGGCCAUCUACUACCUGCUCGAGGCGAAAGACGCCCGCAGCUACUGGCACCGCGUCGACAAGACCGAGGUCUGGCACUACUACGCGGGCACGCCCAUGAGCUUGUACCUAUCUAGCGACGACGGGCAGCCGGUCAGGGAGCAUGUCCUCGGGCCCGAUGUGCUGCGUGGGCAGCGCCCGCAGGUCGUUAUCGCGCCGUGGGAGUGGCAGCAGGCCCGGAGCCACGGCGGGAAGCACGACUGGACCCUUGUGGGCACUACUGUCGCGCCGGGCUUCGUUCCCGAAGGAUUCGAGCUGGCGCCGCCGGACUGGAAGCCAGAUGGUGCCUGA